AUGACGAUCUGUACUUAUAACGCACGUACGCUUGCAUCGGAAGCGGCCAUCGAAGAUCUGAUGAUGCAAGCCAAGAAGAUCAAGUACGACGUCAUCGGACUGACCGAGACGAGACGACGUCACCCUCUCAACGCCGUACAUGAAACUGGAGAAGAACUGUUCUUAGGAACAUGCGACAGUAGAGGUGUUGAUGGAGUUGGCGUCCUCAUGAACACGAGUAUGGCAAAGAAGAUCGACUCUUUCGAACAACUUACGACCCGAAUCGGACGUCUGCGGAUGAGAAGAUGUGGCCCAAUACCAGCUUUGACUAUCUUCGUCGUUUACGCUCCAACAUCAAGCUACGAAGAAGAAGAAGUCGAAGCUUUCUAUAUGGACCUGGAGAAGUUCUACCAAGAAUAUCAUGCCUUCUACAAGGUCAUAAUUGGCGAUUUCAACGCUAAGGUUGACCCAAGAAGAACACCGGAGGAACUUCACAUCGGGACCCACGGCCUACAAUGGAAUGACCAGGGAGAGAGGCUCUCCGAGUUCAUCAUGACGACUAAGACCAUCCAUGGGAACUCGCAAUUCCAGAAGCCCUCCUCUUUACGCUGGACGUGGGAGUCACCCGGUGGAGGGUACCGUAAUGAAAUAGACCACAUCAUCGUCAAUAAAAGGUUCUGCCUGACGGACGUCGGUGUUGUACCAAAGUUCUAUACGGGAUCGGACCAUCGCCUUCUCCGAGGAAGAUUUUCCUUCACAAGGAGAGCAGAGAAAGCCGCCAAGUUCAGAGAAAGAAAUCCCAGGACUACCAUCAACUGGGAUCUCUUCGCUACGCUAGCCGGCUUUUGGGAAGAUUCCGCAAUGGACAACAUCGAAUAUGACCGGCUCGUCGAACACCUUCACGACUGCGCGAAGAAGGCUGAGAGUUUUAAAACCACCAAGAGGCGCCUGUCUCUUCAAACUCUUGAGCUGAUACGCCAGCGUGGAGCAGCACGAGCCGCAGGGAACCAAGAACUCACGUCCGAGCUCGCAAGGCUUUGCCGAGAGCCGAUAAAGGAAGACCUUAAAGAGAGAAGAGCAGAAGUGCUGGCUGAAGCUGCAGAGGCGGGGAAAAACAUCCGCUAUGCCCGUCGAGACUUCGCCAGUCGCAAGACGAGGAUGACUGCUCUCCGGAACCCAGGGGAAACAGCCAUUGCAUCGAGAAGGGGGAUGGAGAAAAUCAUCUACGACUUCUACUCUGAUCUCUUCGACAGCCAUGUCCACUUGCCUCCUCACCAUCUGAGGGAAGAUGGACAAGUCAUUCCAGAGGUUCUCCCGUCCGAAAUACGACAUGUUAUCAUGUCGGUAAGAAAUCGUACUGCACAGGGUCCCGACAGAAUAAGGCGAGAACAUCUGAAGAGCCUCCCGCCAGAACUCAUCGACACCCUGGCGAGGCUCUUUACACCUUAUCUGUCGGAAUGCAAGGUUCCUAAACAGUGGAAGACCAGCAAGGCCAUGUUGUUGUAUAAAAAGGGAGAUCCACAUGACAUCGGCAACUAUCGCCCAAUCUGCCUACUGUCCGUCAUCUACAAACUCUUUACAGGAGUAAUCCUUAAUAGGAUUGAAAAAGUCUUGGAUGAAGGACAGCCAUGCGAGCAAGCAGGGUUUCGAAAAGGAUUCAGCACGACUGACCACAUUCACACUGUUUCGAAACUCAUCGAGGUAUCACGAGAGUACAAGAUGCCGCUCUAUCUCACCUUCAUCGACUUAAAGAAGGCCUUCGACUCAGUUGAGACGGAAGCGGUCGUGGAAGCCUUGGACAACCAGGGCGUCCCUCCUCAGUACAUAAUGGUACUCCGAGAGUUGUACAGUAACUUCACGACCGGAAUUUCGCCAUUCUACAAGAACAUCAUCAUUGACGUGAAAACGGGGGUCCGACAGGGUGAUACAAUUUCACCCAAAAUAUUCACAGCCACCCUCGAGAACACAAUGCGAAAGUUGAAAUGGGACGACAUGGGAGUGAAGGUGGAUGGCCGGCAGCUACACCAUUUACGCUUUGCUGGUGACAUCGUACUGAUAACACCUAGCAUCAGCCAAGCGGAACGAAUGCUGACCGAUAUAUAUAUAUAUAUAUAUAUAUAUAUAUAUAUAUAUACAUCACCUUGA